GUUACUGGGUGUCACACAGACACGAACAGAAAACUCUCAUUAGCCAGCCAGCUAACGUCAACUUGCCGCGCCUGUAAACUAAGUUGGUCACCAGCAAAGAGCGUGAAGAAGACAUUCCCGGGAACUGGCAGACUGUGAGCAUGCAGGAAGAGAGAGGAGAUGGACGGCCAGAUGGAUGUCAGACAGAGAGGAGGUGUGGGAGAAUUUCACAGACCGGCAGAGUGAGAGAGAGAGAAAGAAAGGUGCAUAAAAAGCCCUGUUGCUUUCUCUUACCAAGAAAGGAAAGCACCGCUCUCAUUAUUUCAUUCUUCUUGUGUCUCCUUUAUGGAUUUUUAAACGGCAGCCAAGGAAAGAUGCAAGCCUGCAUUGUUAUUCACAUCAACCUUUCUGUGAGAAGGAGCCUCUAUUCACCUGGUGGAGUACACGGAGGUGCUGGGGCUAAUCACUGGCUGUGACCUGAGGAGCAUGAGUCAUGACCUCAGUGGUGCUGGUCGACACUGGUGGGACGGUGGUGGAGUAUGUCACAGCGGAAGAGGAGGACCCCCUGCAGGAGGGAGAGGGAGACCUGGAGAUUGAAGGAGAGGAAGAAGGCGAGUGUGAAGCAGAGGAGGCCUAUGAAGAAGUACAGGACAGAGAGGAGGCUGAGGACUACCCAGCAGUCAUAGUGGAGGAGGUACCUGGCGCCAGGCUGGCCGAUGAGCAAGGUUACUCAGCCCAGGUGUUUGUUUAUGAUGACGAGGCUUACCUGAUGCAGGAAGUGGGAGAUGAGCAGGAGGUGGAGACAGAAGGGGAGGCAGUGGAGGCUUCUGUACAUGGCACCAGUGUUUACUGCUCUGACAAGACCAUUGAGGCUGCAGAGGCUCUGCUCCGCAUGGAUUCACCUUCCUGCCUCAGGGAAGACCGUAGCCUAGAAGCUUUUAUCCCGCCUUGCAUUGUGACCCCAGACUUCCUUCACGCUGCCAUGCGUCCAGACAUGAUUGCAGAGACAGAGGUGGAGAUAUCGACGGAGGAGUGCUGCGAGGAGGAAGGCGAGGUUAUGGUCACCCUGCUCGAAGAACCAGAGCCAGGCCACGAGCCUGUCCGGAAGAGGAGAGCUGGACGGAAGCCAAAGACGCAUCCACCGGUUAUUUCCAACAGCUCCCUGGACCUCGGCAUCAAGAAGAAACCAAGAGAAGGGAAAGCAGGCAGCACCACCUACCUAUGGGAGUUCCUGCUGGACCUCCUCCAGGACAAGGACACAUGUCCCAGGUACAUCAAGUGGACCCAGAGGGAGAAGGGCAUCUUCAAACUGGUCGACUCGAAGGCGGUGUCCAAGCUGUGGGGCAAACACAAGAACAAACCGGACAUGAACUACGAGACCAUGGGACGAGCUCUCAGAUAUUACUACCAGCGCGGCAUCCUCGCCAAGGUAGAGGGCCAGCGGCUGGUUUACCAGUUCAAAGACAUGCCCAAAAACAUCGUCAUCAUCGACGACGACAAGGCAGACAUGCCCUCCCCCGAUGAUCUGAUGGACUCUGAGACCGUAUCCUACGAGCGCGUGCCUCCUCCGUCAGACAUGCUGCUGCUGCAGGGCACCGAGCUCACGUCCUCUAAGAAGCCCAACAUCCUGCGGGGCGGCAACAGAGCCAACGUGGUCCACGCUACAGUCACCGUGGGCAGCAAGAUGGUGCCUGGAGGCGGUGCAGCGAUGAUGCCGAGGAUAGUGUCUGUUUCAGGAGCAUCAGAUGAGAGUCGGACGCAGCACUCUCACACGGCCAUCAUCCCUACCGCCACCGGGCCCAGGACGGUGCGGGUAGCGAUGCAGGUGCCCGUAGUAAUGACCACAUCGCUGGGUCAGAAGAUCUCCACUGUUGCCGUGCAGCAGCCGACGGGGGGCCACACCACCCUCCUCACCAACACUUCUGCAGGAAACACCAACACACAGCAGAAGGUUGUGAUCCAGACCAUCCCCACCAUGGUCCCGGCCACAGCAGAGAACGGAGACAAGAUCACUGUCCAGCUGGCCAAAAUCAUCACAAUCCCAGCCCACCACUUAGCUCAGUGUCACCUCCAGACCUCCACAGGCUCAAACCAGCACGGCGCCGGGGGCUCCACGACGGGCAUCAGCCUCCUUGGGAGCCCUCUGACAGUCCGGACCCUGGCGCCCCUCAACGUUGGCCCGGGAACGCAGGUGAUGAGACUCACCGUGCCGACGCAGGCGCAACAGACUCUGGUGGUGUCGCAGGCGGGCAGCGGGGCGGGGGUGAUGACGUUAUCGACGGCCAAUCAGACGAUGACGCACCCUCGGAUCAUAAGCGGGAUCAUUAACGGUUCAGAGCUGGUGAUAGGAUCACCGUCAGCCGGAGGAGUCACCAUGGAGAAGCUGAAGGCCGCAGGGAUCCACAUCCAAACUGUGCCGGUGACAGUCCAGUAUCAGACCAACCCCAAAACUGUCCAGAACAUCCGAUCAGACGCCGUGGACGCUGAGGUGACUAUCAAACUGGCAACACCUGACGUGACGAUAAAGACGGAAGAGCCCGAGUGUUGAAAUGCACACACUUCAGAGGGCUAGUCUGUGCAUGUCCAACGUCAGUUUUACUCUUGUAAUAACCAGCAGCAGUCCGUGAGACUUUAAAGACUCCUGAUGGCCUGGUUUUAAUCCCGAAACCCGUCUUCUCAUCGUCCCUAGAACUUUACCGAUCCAAGCCAGUCCUCUGAACCACACUGACACCUCUACGACUGACUGCUCCGCAACAUAGGAAUGCACACAGACUUUAAAGGGACUUGUUGGGAAAAGGUGAAAGGGACCAACCAUGACCACUACAAUGUAUGCCUUCUAAAUGGAUCCGGAUCACUGACUCAAAUUGGGGAAAAGACAAAAAGUAGAAACACUACAAAACGAGGCAAAUAAUUACAACUAACCAGAAUGUCAACUUUCAAAUAAUAGAAAAACACAGUGAGGGGUGUAAUUUAACUUUUGUAGACUAUUUGUUCAUAAUUAUGCCUCUACAGAUGUUAAAACCAGCAACUUAUUUUUUUUAUAUGCUUAUAUCACUGUGCAAAUCAAGUGUGGGUGGUGCUACGUGAGUGAGAGAAGGUGGAGCUGCAAGAAGCUCUAAGAAGGAACAAUAUCAGACAGAAAAUGGUCAUGUAUGUACAUAUUUAUAUAUAUAAAUAUAUCUACUAUAUACAGUUUAUGGAGCUAAAGUUAACAGAACAGCCUUAGAUUUUAAUUUAGACUUUUUCUUUUCAUGUAUUGUCUGAACAGUAAGCUGUUUUUAUUUUUGUGUGUGUUUUGAUACCUUGUACCAAGCACAGUAUUAUUGAAACUCAGGGGAACUAAUAUUUGUAUAAUUAUUAGUUCCUCUGUCAGCAUCAGGCUGUUACACGCUCGUAUAGGUUGAAACGGCAACAUGUUGUAGAUGUGUGGCCGGAUGUCUCCGCAGUGUGACCUCCAGCGUCUGGGGAAAUCUCUAGGCUUGAUUUUCACACUUAUUCAGCGAGAGCAUCUCAGCUAUUUCUUAAUUCUUUAAUUUUUUUGCCGGAUGUUUUUUUCACAAGCUUACAGUCUGGCUGCACGGAAAUGCGACUCAUUGCUGAUACAUGAUGACAUGUGUUGAAAGAAAUAACCCAAAUAGCUUUUAGAUCACAAAUGAAUUGAAUCAAUUAUUAAGAGAGGCAUUGAAAAUCACAAGUUUAUACAAAAUGUUCAUGAAAGAUAUAUGAAACCACUGUGGAUCCCAGGUCACUUUACUUAACAGAGGGUCAAUUUGCCAGCAUACAUUUUUUUACUGCCCUUCUUGGCCCUGCCCCUACAUUUCAUUCUUAUUUUUAUGUAAAGAGAGAAAGAUGUUUGUGUUCAGACUGAACUGUUUGUAUAUUCAACAUUUGAAGUAUAUUCUAUUUUGUUGUACUCUUGUUUCAAAGUGUAUUAAAGUAGAUUUUACUGAAUUAUAAAAAGACAUUUGAAACCUA